AUGGCAGUUGUUGAUUCCGAAUAUUGUUUUGUGUCUAUCGAUGUUGGGGCGUAUAGUCGAGAAGGCUAUUCUUCAGUCUUCAAAGAUUCUCCGUUUGGAAAAAAACUUUAUUCGGACCAAUUAAAUCUUCCGGCCCCUGCUUGUUUACCCAAUACAACUGAUUCUCCGCAACCUUACGUUAUCGUAGGAGACGAAGCAUUUGGAUUGCAUAAGAAUUUAUUAAGGCCAUAUCCAGGAUGUGGUCUUAACCCAACAAGAAGAGUUUUUAACUAUAGACUGUCCCGUGCUCGAAGGUUAGUGGAAUGCGCCUUUGGUAUUCUUGCAAACAAAUGGAGAGUUCUACACAGUCCACUUUUAGUUGAACCAGACUACGCAGACGACGUAGUAAAAGCUUGUUGUAUUCUUCACAACUAUAUUCGAAGAAGAGAUGGUUACAAAUUUGAAGAUACUCUUUCUAAUGUGAUUUAG